AUGCCGAUUGCAAUGACGAAAGACGAAUGGUCGAGAAUCGAACGCUGGACGAAAGGAAACCGAGAAGAUCCAGAAGUUGUCAGAAGAAGAGACUACGUGCGAUAUCUGAACGAGACCAGCCAGCAAAUGACCAAGACCUGGCCUAAUUCUUUAGAGAAUGUGAACAAACGCAACGAAGAGCUCCGUAGAGCUCGCAUCGAGGCGGCUGAGCAAGCUAACAGCAAGUUCUACAAGCGCUACAUAAAGCGCAAGCAGGAGGAGCAAAAGCGACUGAUGCACAACGCGAGGGACACGAUCUUCAAGAACAAAGACGCGCCCAAGCUUCUCUUGAGUGCGGUAAUCGAAACGGUAAUACAAAGAGAACGUGAGGAGCAGAUCAAGUUCAAGCAGCAGCUUCAAAAGCAGAAAGAGGAACAGAAGAAGAGGGACGAUCAGGAAAUCAUAACCAAAGCCAAGGAGUGGAACGAAUUGAUGGAGCUCCGUAAGCAGCGACGCUUCGAUGCUAACAAGCAACACCAGAAGGAAAUAUUAGACCAAGCUCACGAAGUCUCCGAGCGCAAUCGCGCCGAGUAUGAAACGGAACUAAACCUGCAGAAGAUUGACAAUAUUAAGGCCGAUGAGCAAAUCGAAGCUAUUAGACAAUUUGAAGAGGAUUUUAAAGCCGCGGAGAAGGCCCGCAUCUGGUCGGACAUGCGGCGCUCGCAGCAGGAGGCGGAGCAGCGGUGGCGCGAGCGGCGCGCGCGCGACGAGCUGGACGAGCGCCUGCUGCGCGUGCUGCGGCGGGCGCGCGCGCGGACCGCACAGCUGCGCCGCCGCACCGAGGACCAGAUACGAGAGGAGCGGCAGGCUGUUCUGCAGAAGAUAAGCGAUUCGUUGGAGAGCGGUGACGCAGCGCGAGAACUCGACGAACAACGUCGACUCGAGGCCGCCAUCAAGGAGAAGGAAGCCGCGACUGAGGCUCGUCGCCAGGCACAAAUCCGAAAGCAGCAGAAGUACAAGCAAGAACGAAUCGAGACCCGACAGCAGUUCCUGAAGGAUGAGGAAAAACGUCUCCAAGACUUCAACACCAUGCGCCAAUGGGAGAUCAUGAACAGGUUCAAAAAUGCAGAACUUUAUGAAGAGUUCAAUAAGAAGCUUCGAGAAGAAAAGGCUCUUAAAGUACAACAGUAUAGAGAAGAUAUUCUGAAGCAAUGGCGCGAGCGCGACGAGCGCGAGGCGCGUGCCCGAGCGGAGCUGCGGCAGUUCUACGGGCCGCGCGCCGAGGCCGAGCUGCGCGCCGCCGACCGCCGCCUGCUGGCGCACGCGGACGCGCUCGUGGCGGAGGCGCGCGCUCGGCAGCGCUCCGAGCGGCCCAUACUGCGGGCCGUCGACCGCUACUGCAAGAUGUACCGGCUGUACCCGAUGCCGGAGCUGCCGGCCUCGCUGCAGGAGCACUUCGCGACCUCCGCGCCGCAGGACCGCAGGGACGGACUGGGGGAGGGGAACCCAGCCAAAGUAAACGAGAACAAUCAGGAAGUUGAAGAGUAUAAAAGGAAGGGGCCGGCCAACGGCUUGCAGACUCGAGAAACUGAGGAGCUGACACUCCCAUCGUUGGCGCAGCGCGAUGAGGAUAAAUGAAACUUCAAAAUAGAAAAUAGUCAUUUAUUUAUCAUUCAACUUUAGAACUUUUUGUCUGUAUUAUUCUUUUCAAAUAGAGAGCGUAUGGCACCAGUGUGUCGUGAUCGUGACUAGAUACAAUGUGAUCGAAAUUGUUAACGUGAAUACAGUAAAUCGAUGGGC